AUGUCGUCCCCAACUGUAUCCGCCCAAGGUCCUGCUCUCCGUGCUGAGAUAAAUCGUCGCCUCCUUGACUCGGGAGAGCUCGAACGACUGGAAACGCUAUUACUUGACUUACUCCGUGAGUCGGGAUGGUACGAGGAUACGAAAAAACUCUGCCAUGAGCGACUACGCGCACAAGAUGCCAAAAUCGGGAACUUUAAUGCUCUAGUUGCAGAUGUGGAGGGUCGGGUGAAGGAAACAGUACCGGAAGGAGUCAAGGUGGAGGUCGUCAAGGCCAUCAAGAAGGUUCUAGAGAGUAUGAUUGAGUAA